GUCGGCAUAUUCAUGACGUGUAAUUGCCAGGAUUUCCUGAAAAUCCAUACCCCUCGUUUAUAUCGCGAGACCUAGGCAUAUCGUGACCGUAAUGGCGCCGGUACAUUCCGUCGGCUCUCCGCAUGUGUUGAUGUGGUAGUUCGGAGAGCAUCCAAUCGUAGGCGCCUAAAUACGAAAUAUUCGUACAAUGCAACUUUUCUAGGUAUUGUGGGGCCGACCCGGUAUGGAAGGAUAGGAUCGUACAAAUCUCGACCCAAAAUCCUCGGAUGAGCAUAGCUACCUAGGUAGUAUUGUAAUUGUGAAUUUUCGUCUUGCGUAGUCGCUACAAGUUUAUUAGUUAGUCCUCAGUAUUGAUACAAUCGAGAUUAGACGUGCUUCACCCUUCUUCAAGUAUUCGGUUCCUGUUCUUUUGUACGAUCCUAUAUACGAUUAUACAUAAUAUCUGUCACUAAUAUGAGGCUGUUCAGGAUUGCUUUGGCCCUCUCAGUUCUCCCUUGGGUGACACUUUCUACCGGAAAUUUUGUAAACGACACAUCCUCACAAUGUGGAGUAUCGCGAUACUUGCGGAAGCCACGGCUGUUUGUUCUAAUAGACCUAGGGAACGAACCUGAUGAUCAGAUGAGUCUGGUACGACUACUUACCUACAGCAACGAAAUAGAUAUUAAAGGUAUCGCUGCUGUAACAUCCGUGUGGCUUAAAAAUACUACAAACGCCAAUACCACACGCACAAUUCUGCAAGCGUAUGGAGACGUCGUACACAAUCUCAAUAGUCACGUACCAACAGAGAGCCAGUUUCCUUCGAAGGAGACGUUACUAGCAAAAGUUACGGCUGGACACCCAGUAUAUGGCACCACUGCGCUUCGGCUGAACCUGAGCGAUGCGGCCAUCCGCCUGAUAGACGAAGCGGAUGCUGCUUCUUCUGUGGAUCCUCUUUACUUAGCAGCCUGGGGAGGCGUCAACGUCCUUGCGGAAGCUUUGAACCAUGUGUCGAAGAUUCGUAGUGAAGCCGAAUUGGGCACUUUCGUCUCUCAUUUACGUGUUUAUGCCAUAUCCGAUCAAGAUGACGCGGGCAUCUGGGUCCGCGAGCGCUAUCCCAAGCUCUUCUAUGUUGUAUCGUUACAUGGCUUUAGCAUGUACAACACAGCCACGUGGACUGGGAUAUCCGGCGAGAACUACUAUCGCUUCGAUCAGGGCGGACCUGAUGAGUCUCUUGUGAUGAAUGAUUGGCUCCAGAGGAACAUCCGACUUGGGCAACUCGGCGCGUAUUAUCCCAAUUUUACCAAUAUCAUGGAGGGCGAUACACCAUCCUUUCUCCCUCUUGUUCAAAACGGUCUGGGUGAUGCCGAACAUCCCGAAUGGGGUAGUUGGGGUGGUCGAUACGGUCCGAUGGAUACUUCAGCCAAAUCGCUGGUGUAUUCCAAUACAGCAGAUGUUGCUAUCGGAAUCAAAAAUGCCACAUAUGUUAGCGCGCAGGCAUCAAUCUGGAGAUGGCGCGAGGCUUAUCAAAAUGACUUCGCGGCGCGGAUAGGUUGGACGUUGUCGGAUGUAUAUGAAGAUGGUAAUCAUGCACCGGUUGUGGUGGUCAAUGGAACGUGCGGACCAUAUUCCAUGAAUGUGCCGUUUGAAGCCGGAGAAUCGAUUGUACUUGACGCGUCUUCAAGUUGGGAUCCAGAUAACGAUGACCUCUCUUUCCGGUGGUUCACAUACCAAGAAAUAUCUUUAAGCCCGUUCGGCCAGAUCUAUGAGUUUGUAACUCUCGAAACCCAGGAUGAGAAGGGAGCAAUUGUGAAAGCGACGGCGGAUAGAGCUUAUGUGAGUUUGCUUCUUGAUCAUCUUCGCGCCGGGACAUUUUGCUAAGAAGCUGACCUACCUUACCUAUUCAAUAAUUGGAUUUCCACAUCAUUCUUGCGGUGACAGACAAUAAGCAGCCAAAAUUAACGACGUAUCGGCGUGUUAUUCUAAAGACUAAGUCGCAAGAUACAAUGAACAUAUAAUUAUAUUGGUACUGGGGUGGAUAGAGUAGAGAAGGAGGAGGUAUGUGCUAGGUGCAAGGUUUAGG